UGCUCAGCGGCUUUGCAGCAGCAGAAGGUGGUGAGUAAAUACGACCAUAUUGCAGUUCACAUGACGAGCCUCAUUCAAACCACACGUCAUAAAUCUCACACAUGAUGUUUAGUGUCAUAAAACUGCAACCACAGAAAUGUUUUCCCACCACUGAGGGUUUCACACUUGAUCUUUCUAACACGUCGAGAUGCUUAAAGAUCAGUCUUGAAAGGGUGUUUUUCAGAUGAUCCACCUGCUGCUCAGUCACAUGUCACAGUGACGUUAAUGGAGCUUUACAGCCAUGUAAACAUUUGUGAUGUACACACGAUUCCUGUUCAAAGUCUGCUCAUUAAAGCAACAACAAAAGCAGUUAGAAGCUCUUCACUGUAUGGUAACUUUUAGCAUGCAGUGUUUAGCAAAUUAGCAUAGCAUGUUAGCCUAGUCAUUUAGCAUGUUUUAGGUUUGCUUUUGCCCUGAGCUUUGGUCUUUUGUGCUGUUACACUGAGGAGGUGUUUUGUUUUGUGCUGAUGAAUACCUGUGUCUGUGUUCCUGUCUUCUCAGAGGGAGCAGCAGGUGCAUGUUUGCCAGGUAGUCCAGGUGACAAGAUAGCAUCAGGGAAAACAACGCGAUCUGCAUCAUCAUCAGAGGGGGGAGCGGGAGUGUAGCUCAGAGAUCACCUCUGCUGGAAAGGAAACGAGAUUCUGAAGUGACACCUUCCACCUGGCUUUGAUCAUCUGAUGAUGCCCAUGUCGAUCAGGACUUCCUUGGUAACGUGAGUCUGUGUCGUCGCUCCACUGCUAUGGCCUACCUUGCUCAUACCGCCCACGUCCAGCUCGUCGCCGUCUGGCUGGGCUGCGUGGGCUGGACGCUCACCGCCGUGUCCCUCGGACUCAUCCAGUGGAGGGUUUGGCAGGUGUCUGACACAGAGGUCAUCACCUCAGGCGUGGCCUGGGUGGGCAUAUGGCGGGCUUGCUUCAACAGCCACACCCUGGUGACCCCUGGCUUUAGAGUCUUGCACUGCAAGUACAUCAGCCUGACCGAUGCCUUCACGCCGCCAGAGAUUGUGGCAGGCCAGAUUCUCAUGCUCCUGUCUCUUCUUGUGGGUCUUUUGGGGAACGCUGGUGGGCUUUAUGCUUUGAGGAAUGUCAACUUUGGGAUGGAAAGGACCUCGCCAAUCCGUGUGGCGUUCCUCACCACGGGUGCGCUGUGUCUGCUGGCUGCCGUCAUGUCACUCGUACCUCUCCUGUGGAACCUGAGCUCAGUGGUGACCAAUCAGACCAUAAACUUCCCCUCUGAGUUCAAAAUGCCCGAGGCUCCCGACUCUCAACACGUGGGGAGCGGGAUUGGGGUCGGACUGGUGGGUACAAUCCUCAUGAUUUUCUCUGGGAUUAUUUUCUGCAUGUACAAGUUACCAGCGAGGUCAUCGUCCAGGAUACAGAUGUCUUUGAGAGAAGAGGAGCACCUGGAUUCACCUGUGCAAGGUGUGACUGACAGCCGGGGGGCUUUAACAAACUCUGUGGGGAAAGAUAACCCAGCAUUCGAGUCCCACGAACGCUUGUGAUCAGAUCGUUUGUUUCAUUCAAGGAUUCAAGGAGCUUUAUUGUCAUUUCACACAUGUAAAAACAUGAGGUGGGACGAAAUUAGUUUCUCUGGUCCUGGUAUAAGUCCAAUAACCUACAAAAUACGUAAAAUAACUAUAAAUAUAAAAACAAUCAAAAUAAAAAAUGUAAACAAUGAACAGAGAUGACAACAACAUGUACAGCAGUAUGUGCAAAUGGAAGAGUAGUGCAAAGUUUCUGUGCAAGAUGGCUGCAUUAUGCAAUGUCCUGUGGGUGGUUG